CACCUGCGUCAGGUGUAAUGGAGUAUCUUCGAGAUUUAUAACCAGUGUUUCUGGCGGGUGUUCGGAUGUUUACGUUUGAAGUUAGUAAACAUGAAAAUGAUAAACUCGCGUGUGUUUUCCUUACUACGAGUCUGUGUAGGAACUCGCGUUACUUGCAAAGGAAAUAUUAGAUGUUGCAGUACUUCAGGAAAAGAAAGAUGGGAUUUGCUGAGCGGCGUAUGUUUGGAGAGAGACCCGAUUAUUACAGCUGAUAUGACGGACAUAGAGAAACGAUUUUCGGAGUACUUGCAAACUAUUGAGUUCGAGAACAGCAUGAAAAGCGAUCAUGAAAUACGUCACGAGCGAGACAGGAAACAAGCUGAGCUGUUGAAAAAAGGUGAUAUUAAAGAUGUAGACUUAGAUCAGGUGGUGAAGCAAACUGCACAAGACUUUGAAGAUGCAUGCCAAGAAGAACUGAAUAAAUUUCAGUCUGCAUCUAGGUUAACAGAUGCAGAUCGUAAAGGCAAUAAGAAAUCACUGGAACGUUGUUUAUCAACAACUUUAAUGCUUUUGGGACAAAUGAAAAUUGGUAAUGGCCAUGUGUGGGCAUUUCCUCAAGGCGUGCGUGUUGAAGGUGAAACAAUGCGACAGGCUGCAGAGCGAGUCCUUAAGGAAAGUUGCGGAAAUAAUUUAAGGGUUCAGUUCAUUGGAAAUGCUCCAUGUGGAUUCUAUAAGUAUAGGUACCCAACAGCAGUUCGCAAUGAAUCAGUUGGAGCUAAGGUGUUUUUCUUCAAAGCUCGGUACCUUUCUGGUGACGUCAAAACAAAUAAGAAUAAGUUAAAUGAUUUUCAGUGGCUCAAUAAUGAUGAACUUCAGUCCAUUUUGCACAGAGAUUACUAUCGCAGCAUCAGUCAGUUUCUUGUAGUUUGAUUAGAAUGCAGAGAAUGUGAAUGGUUCUCAUUUUACAGUAUUUAUUUUGUAAAUAUGUGUUUAAUAAAGUUUGUUUGUAAAUAAAAGGAUUUGGAUACUGUUA